CCCAAGGUUUUCCUAACCUCGGGUGUUUGUUUCGGUCAGCACCGAUAAAGCACGUCCCUGCGGUCCUUUCAUUAUAGCCAUCGUUAGACAUUUUUGGGGUGACCAUUAAUCGGCCAGGAGUGAUGAUGACGUCGACGAUAAGUCCUCUCGCACUUCCCAAAGGCACCAGGAAACAAUGUGAACUAUGUCAAAAACCAGCACGGCUACAGUGUCUGCAAUGUCGCGUCACAUUUUACUGCGACCCGGACCACCAGGCGGCCGACUGGGUGGGCAUCCACCAGGAGGUGUGCCCCCGCCUGGCAUGGAUGCGUAGGCCCGCCCCUCCCCUGGUCCUGCAGGCCGACCGGGACGCCCACCACGCCCAGGCUAGACUCCGAAUGGAGGAGCUGCUGGGGGUGUGCCGGGAGGUGGCCCGGGGUAAGCUGGGGGAGGGGAGACACCAGGAGGCCCUGCCCGCCCUGCAGCUCGCCCUGGCCUGCGGCCUGGAGCUGUAUGGCUCCGGGGCCAUACCGCUGGUGCCCCUCUACCUGAUGCUGGGCCGGGCCUACAUGGGCCUGGGCAGGCUGGGCCGGGCCAGGGUCUACCUGUCCGAUGCGGAGUGGAGCAUGCUGCAGAACCCGGGCUGUGAGCGGGUGCUCCUCCACCAGCUGCACCGCACCCUGGGGUGCCUCCACACCUCCACCGGGGAUCUGGAGUCUGCCCUCUUCCACCUCGCCACCGACGUGUACCACGCCACUGAGGAGUUUGGCCUGGACAGCACGGUGCCCUGCGGCGGGUACUUCCUCAUGGCCGAGGUGUUCAGGAGGCAGGAGAAGAAGCAGGUCGCUCGGUCCCUGUACUCCCAGGUCGCGACCACGUGGCACUCCCAUCUGACCAAACUGUGUGAGCCGUACCUCAGCAGUGGCUCCAUCCCGAUCCAGCCUCCCUUUGACUACACGCAGCUUGUCGAGUCCGACCGGAUGCUGAGAAGCAUGCUGGCGUUAGAGGGGGAGAAGGAGGAGAAGGAGAAGGAGGAGGAGAAGGAGGAGCAGGAGGAGGAGGAGGAGGAGGAGAAGGAGGAGAAGGAGAAGGAGGAGGAGAAGGAGGAGCCAACCAGUGAGCGUGACAAUCAGGGGGUCCUUUUGAACCACAGCCUGGCCAUGCUCUGGUUCCUGGCCGGUGACGCCCAACAGGUGCUGGAGCUGGGCCGCGUGGCCCUCCAGGGGGCCCAGCGGGCGCUGGACCACGGCCGGGCCGGCUCCAUCCAGAGCAUGCUGCGGCUGGUGGGGAGCCAGGACCCAGAACCCAUGCAGACCCAGGAGCCCUCAGGGGCCCUUGGACCCCCGGAUCUAGUCCCCUGA